AUGAGAGUGCUCGCAGUCGUAUUCGCCGCUCUCGCGGCAGCCGUCGCCGCCUCCGAGGAGGAAUUGCCUUCCAUCUAUGGCAUGCAGGCCCUGAAGAUCACCUGCGACAGCAAGUCGAAGUUCGAUUUCGUGGUGCAGCACCACGGCGAGCGCGGCUACGAUUUCCUGCGCGUGCCGCGCGCGCUCAACUCUGACAUCGAGGUGCUCGUCGCCGCCGAGCAAAUCGCUGAUUUCAAAGCCGAGCUGGCCGCGCGCGCCAUCAACUUCGAGGUGCUCGUCGCCGACGCCAGCAAGGUGAUCGAGCGCGAGCUUGGCCUUAACCGACGUGCCCGUAUGAUGCGCGCCCGCAGCGCCGGCAUCUCGCUCAAGGCCUUUCCACGUUACGAUGAGAUAAAAGCCUACGUCGAGAAUUUGACCCAUGAGUACGGUGACUUCGUGUCGAUGUUCACGAUCGGCCAGAGCUACGAAGGUCGUGACAUCGUCGGCGCGAAAUUCAGCGCCGGUCCAGGUGACAAGCCAGCGCUCCUGAUCGACGCCGGUAUUCACGCGCGUGAAUGGAUCGCACCUACCACCGCGCUCUACGCCAUCAAACAGCUCGCUGAGAAUUCCAGCACCCACUACCUUUUCGACAACAUUGACAUCUACAUCAUUCCUGUGCUGAACCCCGAUGGUUACGAAUACACUCAACAGAGCCCCUCGACUCGCAUGUGGAGGAAAACCCGUUCGAAGACCACCAGAUCGUGUACCGGUGUCGACGCCAACCGUAACUUCGGUCUCGAAUGGAUGACCGUUGGAGCUUCGUCCAACCCAUGCAGCGACAUUUACGCUGGGACUGAGGCCUUCUCUGAGCCCGAGACUGCUGCCCUAAGAGAUUUUGUGUUGGGACUCAAGAGCGUCAAAACUUACCUUACUUUCCAUUCUUACGGACAAUACUUACUCCAUCCAUGGGGAUUCACCUCUAAGCUUCCAAGUAAUGAACCAAUUCUCAGAUGUGUCGCUGAAAAAGCCGAAUCUGAGCUUAGCAAGUUGAGAGGCACUCAUUACGAGAUCGGUAGCUCUACCAACGUUUUAUACGCAGCAUCCGGUGGCAGUGACGACUGGGUAAUGGGGGUAGGUGGCGCCGAUUUGUCAUAUACUGUCGAGCUUCCAGGUGGUUAUUUUGGAUUCGCACCACCACCGCGUGAGAUUAUUCCCGUCGGUCGUGAAACUUUCGAGGCUAUCAAGGUCUUCGCUAAGUACACCGAGGGCAACCUCGCCGAAUGCUAAUCGAGAUCUGGCACGACUGACUUUUUAUUCGAUUGUUAUUUAUAAUUUUCGCGUUGAAAGAUAAGAUGUUUUACAAUAAAUUGUUUUUCUUUUCGCUAAUUUUACGAUCAAAGCAAGUACUGACUUUAAAUUUUGCAAAAGAUUACACUUCGGAUACCGAAAAAAUACAAAGACCAUUUUUUUUAAAUUACAAAAUAAUAUUUCAUCGCACGCCGAACACGCUACUUUUUUUCACAAUAUAUAUUA